AUGUCGUCCCAGGGGGAUCGCAAGUGGCGGCGCCGCGAUCCGAGCGUAGACGACCGGAAGAGGAAGCGCGAUGACAAGAAGGAGAAGAAGGAGAAGGACCGGCGGGACGACCGCCGGGACGACCGGCGAGAUGACCGCCGGGAUGAUCGCCGGGACCGGGACGACCGACGGGAUGAUCGCCGCGAGGAUCGCCGGGAGACAGAGCGCAACCGGGAGAAGAACGACGACCGUCGGAGACGCGUCGACCGGUCGCCCGAGCCGCCGAAAUCGCCGCCCCCGUCUCCUCCGGCCAAGGUGGCCAAGCCGGCCAUAAACUGGCGGGAAGAAGCCGGGGAAGCCGAAGAUCUGCGCGACAACUCCGACGACGAGGAGGCGGCCGCCAGAAGAUUGGAAGAGAGCCGAAAGCGCAGGGCAGCGCUGAUGGCCCAAGCGAAAGAGGAGAAGAAAGAGGAGAAGAACGAGGAGGCGCCAGCGACAGCGCCGCCCGCAGAGGCAGCGCCUGCUGCUCCGGAGGCGGACAAGGCCGAAGGGGGUGGCGCCGACACGGCAGAU